UCAUAGUACGUCAGGUAUAUCCCACCACCCGGCGACACUUCCGCAGCGAUUCCCAUGGUUCCGGAUGCAGUAUCAUCGUCAUCGUAGCGUCCAUCAGUAAUGAGUGGUACCUAGGUAUAUAACAAUAAUGAUAAUAAUAAUAAGCGAGAAGAGGCGAGAGAGAGAGAGAGCCAGCCCUACACGAGACGGAACUGCCCUACACGCGACGAAAUCUCCAAUGACCACAUCAUCUGUACGUAUGUAUGUAUGUAUAAUGAGGAUGCGGCGAGUCAACAUGGGGGAUCUCUCCGUCUCUGUCUCUCUCUGUCUCUCUCUCUCUGUGUCUAUGCCACUCCUCAUAUGCCGAUGCCGAUUCCCAUCCCACUCUCAAAGGAUACAACGAAACAAUGCAGCAUAUGUAUAGCCGCAGUAGUUCAGCCAACCUGCAUGCCACUCGUCAGGGAUUUCCCCAACGCUCGGGGGGCUCCCGAGUGAGAACUUGACAAGCAACGGACGGGACAGGAC